AUGGAGGUGGAAAUGGAGGAGCAAGACGAGAUGGAGCUGGAGGUGGCCGGGGAGGAUAUGCUGGAGGUAGAUGAAUAUUCAGAGGUAGGAAUGGAGCUUGAUGAGGAAGGAAAGGAGACAAUGCAGGUGGACCUGUGGAGCAGCUGCCGCUCGCGGGGCCCACGCUCCAACGGCGGCUGCGCCCCAGCAGGCCCCGGCCGGCGCAUGCGCAGGGUGAGCCCAGCUCAGAGGCAGGAGGAGCCACAGCAGCACCAGGUAGUGGCUGAAGAGGAGCGGCCAAGGAGACAGAGAAGAAGGCGGCGUCCAGCACGGCGCCAGAAUCAGUUCUCCUGCCAGUACCGCUGCUUCUCAGUGUUGAGGACUGCUGGAACUAGCAACAGGCCUGAUGUGGAGAGAGGCGGGAAGAUAAUUCUGCCACCGUCGGCUCUGGCUCAGCUCAGCCAACUCAACACCUCGUCCCCUAUGGUGUUCCGGCUGACCAAUCCAAAUGGCAACCGCAGCACUCACUGUGGAGUGCUGGAAUUUGUUGCUGAGGAGGGCAUCUGCUACCUCCCACCUUGGGUGAUGCAGCUCUUGGAGCUGGAAGAGGGAGAGGUGCUGCAGGUGGAGAACGUCCAGCUGCAAAUGUGCACUCAAGUCACAUUGCAGCCCCAGAGCCCAGAGUUUUUGGACAUCACUGAUGUCAGAGCAGUACUGGAAGAUGACUUGAGGCACUGGCCUUGCCUCACCACUGGAGACCUUGUGCCCAUCACCUACAAUGCCAAGGUCUAUGAGCUUCGGGUGAUGGGGACAAGGCCGGCUGAGGCAGUGAUCAUCACCGAUUGUGACAUCAAUGUGGAUAUUGUCCCUCCCCUGGGCUACCAAGAGCCAAGGCAUGAAGAGAGCCCAGCAUUCUCUGGAAGAGGACACAGACUGCUGGAGGGCAAGGGGGAGGAAGAUGCAGAGCCUCAUCCAGCUCCAGCAGCCACUCCAAGAGGAAUCCCAAACUAUGACUUCAAGCCAGGAAGAAUCACCUUCCUGAGAGACUCUCAGCCCCCAGCUAGGAGAGCCAACAGAGAGGAGGAAGAUGGAAGCCAGUUUAUUCCCUUCUCAGGGAAAGGCUAUGCGCUGGGCAGGAAGGAGUGA